UUCCGGCAGCGGUGGCUGCAGCCUCGCUCUGGUCCCUGCGGCUGGCGGCCGAGCCGUGUGUCUCCUGCUCCGCCGCCGCCAUAUUGUCUGUGUGAAGAGAGGGGAGAGCGGCCGCCGCCGCUGCAGCGUCCACCACAGUUUGAAGAAAACAGUUCUGAAACAAGGUCUUACCCCCAGCUGCCUCUCAACACAGUGAUUGCCAUCUCUCCAAACGUCAAGUCCAGCUUUGUCCGCCAACCUGUCUGACAUGUCGGGACCCGUGCCAAGCAGGGCCAGAGUUUACACAGAUGUUAAUACGCACAGACCCCGAGAGUACUGGGAUUACGAGUCACAUGUGGUGGAAUGGGGAAAUCAAGAUGACUACCAGCUGGUUAGAAAAUUAGGCCGGGGUAAAUACAGUGAAGUAUUUGAAGCCAUCAACAUCACAAAUAAUGAAAAAGUUGUUGUUAAAAUUCUCAAGCCAGUAAAGAAGAAGAAAAUCAAGCGUGAAAUAAAGAUUUUGGAGAAUUUGCGAGGCGGUCCCAACAUCAUCACACUGGCAGACAUUGUAAAAGACCCUGUGUCACGAACUCCCGCCUUGGUUUUUGAACAUGUAAACAACACAGACUUCAAGCAAUUGUACCAGACGUUAACAGACUAUGAUAUUCGAUUUUACAUGUAUGAGAUUCUGAAGGCCCUGGAUUAUUGUCACAGCAUGGGGAUUAUGCACAGAGAUGUAAAGCCCCAUAAUGUCAUGAUUGAUCAUGAGCACAGAAAGCUACGGCUAAUAGACUGGGGUUUGGCUGAGUUUUACCAUCCUGGCCAAGAAUAUAACGUCCGAGUUGCUUCCCGAUAUUUCAAAGGUCCUGAGCUACUUGUAGACUAUCAGAUGUAUGAUUAUAGUUUGGAUAUGUGGAGCUUGGGUUGUAUGCUGGCAAGUAUGAUCUUCCGGAAGGAGCCAUUUUUCCAUGGACAUGACAAUUAUGAUCAGUUGGUGAGGAUAGCCAAGGUUCUGGGGACAGAAGAUUUAUAUGACUAUAUUGACAAAUACAACAUUGAAUUAGAUCCACGUUUUAACGAUAUCUUGGGCAGACAUUCCCGUAAGCGAUGGGAACGCUUUGUCCACAGUGAAAACCAGCACCUUGUCAGCCCUGAGGCCUUGGAUUUCCUGGACAAGCUGCUGCGGUAUGACCACCAGUCACGGCUCACCGCAAGAGAGGCCAUGGAGCACCCCUAUUUCUACACUGUUGUGAAGGACCAGGCUCGAAUGGGCUCAUCUAGCAUGCCAGGGGGCAGUACGCCUGUCAGCAGCGCCAAUAUGAUGUCAGGGAUUUCUUCAGUGCCAACCCCUUCACCCCUUGGACCUCUGGCAGGCUCACCAGUGAUUGCUGCUGCCAACCCCCUCGGGAUGCCUGUUCCAGCUGCCGCUGGCGCUCAGCAGUAAUGGCCCCUUCUGUCUCCUGAUGCCUGAGCAGAGGUUGGGGAGUCCACUUACUCCCUUGAUGCAGCUUGCGCCUGGCGGGGAGGGGUGAAAUACUUCAGAAGCACCGUGUCUGAACCGUUGCUUGUGGAUUUAUAGUAGUUCAGUCAUAAAAAAAAAAAAUUAUAAUAGGCUGAUAUUCUUUUUUUUCUUUUUUUUUCUUUCUUUUUUUUUAACUCGAACUUUUCAUAACUCAGGGGAUUCCCUGAAAAAUUAUCUGCAGGUGGAAUAUUUCACGGACAAAUUUUUUUCUCCCCUUCCAAAUUCAGUUCCUCUCAUCACUAAAGAACAAAGAUAAACCAGCCUCAAUUCUGGCUGCUGCGUUUGGGUGGAGAUUUCUUCCCAUGCCCACCAUUGCUCCCCUACCAUCCUACACUUUGAGGGGUUUGUAUUUCAUGCUCUCCUCCAGAGAUUACAAAAAUGUAGCUUCUUGAAGGGAGGUGGGAAGGAAGGAGGAAGGAAGGACCCAACCUGUAAGAGCAGUGUACUGCUAGUCACUUAUAUCACUUUACUCCAAAAGUGCUUCAGUGGGGUUAUACUGGUGAAUCUAGUGGAAAUAUGUCUUAGUUACACUGAGAUGCUGAAAAUCUACCCAAAGUGCAGACAGGUCCUGAAAAUGUCUGUUCAGUAUGAAUCAUGUCUUAUUGACCUAACCUAAAUCCAACUCACUUAUAAUUUAGUUUCAGUUCAGUUUAAAACUUUUAAUACCGUCCCUCCCAGGCUCCUUACCUUGGUCCUCUUCCCCUUUCAUCUCCCAACAUGCUCUAUAGCUGGUAGGAGGGGGAAGGCAAAAUCUUUUUCAGUUUUCUUUGACUUGGCCCUUUUGAAUUCAGUUAGUUACUGGGUAUAAUUAUUGCUUUUUACAAAAGAAAAAAACAUUGUCUAUGUUGGUUUCAUGCUAGUAACUCUUGAAGAGCU